AUGGCUCAAAGACCCUCGCAAACCCUCUCCAGCGGCGCCACGCUCGCCACGCUCCCUCCUGAACUCGUCUCGCUCGUACUCGCCCUCGGGAGCAGGUGGGGCGAGGCGAAAGGCGAGCUCCUGCGGUACAUGCUCGUCUGCAGGGCCUUCAAAGGUCCCGCCGUCUCGCUGCUCUACCGUCACAUCGCCCUCGUCUCGGACAAGCAGGCGUACAGCUUCUUACGCUCUGUCAAGAACUCGCCUACACCUUCUCGCCUUACCUCGAGCGUCCGCGAUCUCCGCCUCAACUCGACAGAGCUCGACGGCCCGCCGGGCGCCUCGCGCAAUCUCGUCUACCCGGCACUCCACCUGCUGGACAACCUGCGCUCUCUUCAAGUCACGGCUGACGACGGCUUGCGAAUGCUAUACACGGUCCUCGCGAAAGGAGGUGGCGGAGUGACGCAGUUGAGGAGUUUCAGUGUGCAAGGUGGUUUCGUCCGCUGGGAUAUUGUCGUCGGCAUCCUAAGCCAGGCGACCAACCUACAAACACUCCAUCUCCAAGACCUCUUCGUCCUACAGCCCGCGAACGCGUCAAGCGAUUCACGAAACGGGGACGAUGUCGGCAGCGUGGAGUACCCUACGCUCCGCCUUGAUGGCGACUGCGAUAACCCGAGCCCUCACAUCGACUUCGUAACCGACGAGACCGGUAAGAACGUCGUCACGACAGCCAAUGUACCCGCGCUCUGUCUCCCUCCACCUCCGGAGCCCAUGCCCUUUCCCUCUCUUCCCCUUCGCAGCCUCACUCUGCACCAGAUCGCGGGCCCGAGCCUGCGCGACGACGCCUUCGUCUCCAUCAUCAAUGCUACUCGUCACACUCUCGACGAACUGCGUCUCCAGGCCAUCGACUCCCUCUCACGUCCCGGCCUAAUCGCCGCUCUCCGCCUCCUCCCCAACCUUCGCACCCUGGCAAUCACGCUGUGUCGGUUCUCGUUUGGCAUCCACGAUGAGAACCAUCGGCUAGUCCAAACACCUCCUGCGCGUUCCGAGACGGGCAACCCUUUCAGCACGUCUUUCGCGGCGGCGUACCCGCCCGACUCGCCCCUCGUCGACGGCGCCUUCGCCUUGGCGACCAAGUUUGAGCUUCUCGAAGAAGGCAGCAAAGUGCGCGAGGCGGUCACGUACCCCGUCUCGACGGAAGAAGCGGUCUAUCCGCUCGACUUCCUCGUCAAGCGUUGCGCCUUCCUCCAAGUCCUCGAAGUCGCGUCCGACCACCUGAUGUCGUCGAAUGGCGUCGUCGAGGUCAUGACUAGACUGCCGCUGCAAAUGAUUGUGCUCGACGCGCGUGUCCCAUGGAUCGCGGUUGAGGCGGUGGAGAAAGGGUUGGCGGCUGCUGAUGGGAGGAUCGAGACUGUCACCCUGGGACGGAGGAUGUGCUGGAGCGCCGCCGAAGUCCAGCACCUCAAGAACACCUCGUUGACGACCUCGACCGUCGUCCAGUGCGCGCCGGCGCCGUGUACGCCUACUCCUUGA